GACGCGAUCGUGCAGCAGUCUUCCCCCUUCUCUCUUUCUCCUGUAUGCAACCCAUUCCUCCAUCCCUCUCUCCCUCCCUCUCUGUCCGUCUCCCUCCCUCGCUGUCCUCCGUCCACUCUGCUCCACUCUCCCUCUGCUGCAAGGCGCUCAUGACUGGACGAGGACAUCUGCAACUUUGCAACUGAAGAGCAGGAAACAGAAAUUCUUGAACAAACGUCCUCCACGCCUUCGCUCUCGAGCAUCAUGACCAGGAAAGUGUUCACCAACACCCGCGAGCGCUGGCGCCAGCACAACGUCAACACCGCCUUCGCCGAGCUGCGCAAGCUCAUCCCCACGCACCCGCCAGAGAAGAAGCUGAGCAAGAACGAGAUCCUGCGCCUGGCCAUGCGCUACAUCAACUUCCUGGUGCGGCUGCUGGAGAACCAGGGCGGCGGGCGGCCGUCCGUGGUGGACCACGCCCCCGCCGCCUUGCUCACGCUGCUGAGGGGGAACAUGGAACAGCUGCGCUCGCCUUCCCGCCAUCCGUGGACGCUGGCCAGCGACACGGAGGCGCCAUCGCCCAGCUCCAGCUGUGACAGCUCGGAGGGCUGGUAGGACGGAACACCCGGAAGCCGACCGUCAGGCCCGCUUUGUCAGUUUUCCUACAAGACUUUUGUUUUGUCUGCAGCACCUGAGUGGGCGGGUCUGAUGUUUGACCGAAGUGGACUGCAUAUUUGCAGGUGCAAGUCAUUUGUAUUCUGCAUGGGUGUUCCAAAAGUACCCAUUAGGUCAGGGGUGUCUAAAGUGCGGCCCGGGGAACAUUUGCAGCCCACAGCUUGUUUUAUUUUUGGUUCACAUCUUCUUCUAAACAUAUAAUUAUUUCUACUCACUAAUUAGCUUUGUCACCUACAACACAAAGCAAAGAUGUGGAUGUUUUGUUCAGCUAGCUUAGCAUAUAUUGAUCUACGUUGGAUUUUUAGCAUCUUCAAUGUACAAAACGUGUGAAGUGGCUCCUGCAUCCUUCAACUUUUCUGUAAAGUUUGUACACCCCUGAUCUAAUAUUACCCGUUAGGUCACUGUGUCAAUGUGAGGCAGUUUAAUCUCCACAUAAAUGCCUCUGCCGAGUCUCCGUGACCAUGACCGCCUCAAAAAGCACUUUUACGUCAAUGGACAGGUUGGGUUUUUUUUUCCUGACUGGGAAGAAUCUGCACUGGGAUUUUUUUUUUAAGUAAGGAAAGUGACAAUCCUCUUUGUCACAUGACUUUUUUUGUGUACAGUUUGCAUCUCAUCUAGCCAAAGAUUGAUGUGUUGAUUGUUGAACCGUGAAGAGUGUGCUAAUUAGCAUUUUUUUUAAAGUCACUUUUGUUUUGCUUGUGAAAAUUAUUAUUUAUUUGAACUAUUUAUUGAAUAAAUGUUUUUUAACUAAAUACUUUUCUUUGUUGUUCCAUCAUGCACUGUGCACCAGUGGAUUAUUACCUAACUGCUAUCUUUAGCAGGCAUUAACAUUGUUCCAAAUGUCUUUUUGACUGAAUAUAAAUAACUGAAAUAAAGUCAG